AUGAUAACGGAAAACCUGGAUGGCACCAUCCCGGUGCAUAUUUGUUAUUUUAUCUUUUUAGGCGUCUCCGCUCUGCAGGGCACCAACCUGGAUGAACUAACCGAAGCAGUUAGUACCCAGGCCACAAUGAUGGGCUUGAAGGGAGAAUACGUUGGUCCAAUGGAGGGAGUGGUAGUCGAGUCGAAAGUUGACUCCCGUCGAGGAAAACUGUCCACCGCCAUUGUCACUCGAGGGACCCUUCGAAAGGGUAGCGUCCUCGUUAGCGGCCAGGCUUGGGCCCGGGUGCGUGGACUAUUUGACCACGCUGGACAGCCAGUGUCCGAAGUGACACCCGGCAUGCCGGUGGAAAUUCUCGGCUGGCGUGAACUGCCCUCCGCUGGGGACGUAAUUUUGGAGGUCGAAUCCGAAAAGGUCGCCCAUUCCGUUAUGCGAUGGCGCGAUGCCCAGGCCAAGCUGGAAAAAGCCGAAAGCGACAAGGACGCUAUUCUUCUGAAGCAAAUGGAACACGAUGAAAAGUACAAAGCUGAAAGGGAACAACAGCGGAUGGCCGGAUUUUAUCGAAGGCGACACAAGGGUCCCCGUCCGAAGGAAUCGGGUCCGGAAGAUCCAACGCCACGGGUGAACGUGAUCAUCAAAGGAGACGUACACGGUUCCGUGGAGGCCAUCUUGGACGUCCUGGAAACGUACGAUGGAAAUGAAAACUGCCGUUUGGAUGUGGUUCACUACGGAGUGGGCGACGUCAGUCAAGGGGAUUUAGAGCUCGCUCGGUUGUUCAAAGCCGUAGUUUAUGCAUUUUCCGUAAACGUUCCAGAUAAGGUAAAGGACGUUGAGAUCCGACCGGUGAACAUCAUCUACCGAUUGGUGGACGACCUGAAGAAAGAAAUCAAUUCCAAGCUGCCUCUGGUUGACGAAGAGGAAAUCGUGGGUGAAGCGAACAUUCUCCAACUUUUCGACAUCAACGAAGGACGCAAAAAGGUGACCGUCCUCGGUUGUCGCUGUACGAAAGGUAUGCUCAAGAAGGCAUCCAAGUUCAAGCUGGUUCGCAACGGCGAGGUCGUGGCCGAUGAGCUAGAGCUGGACUCGAUGAGGCAUCUCAAGAACGAAGUGGACACGGUCAAAAAGGACGUGGAAUGUGGACUGCGGCUAGCGGAUCAAGGAUUUGAGGUCAAGGCAGGCGAUACGAUGGUGUGUUACAAGAUCAACAAGGUGCCUCAGGAGACCGAUUGGGAUCCGGGCUUUUAGAUGAUAGGAUGGAGUAUGAAAUAAAGUAACAACGUUUGCAGA